AUGUUCAUCUUUUACCACGCCGGCCAUGAAGGCCCGUUUCAGGGUGAUUUAUCUUUCAUCUCCCAUGAUAAGCGAGUUAAAUGGGAUGCGGUGAAAAUGUGCAUGGACUCGGAUGAGUCAAUGGACUGCUUCGCUAUCCUUGACUGCUGUCAUGUUGCCACCCGUUACCCUAGCUCGAAGGGACUAUUUCGGGUUAUGACUUCCUCUGGGAAUCAUGAAACUGCCUCCCCCCGUGGACAGAAAACUUCCGUCACCCAGCGACUAUUCCGCGCCAUGCAGCGAUUCAAACCCCAGGAUAGUUUCACUACAGCUCAGUGGUUCCAGCAGGUUCAUCUAGAGCAACCAAAAAAUGCACCAAGUGCUGUAUUUCAAACCUUGAACGGUAUCGGCACGAUCAAACUCGUGUUUGAUCGAAAACAAGACACGCCGUUCCGCCUCCCUCGACCAAUAUACGGUCUCACACGGAAAGACGUGCUUGUCAAGCUGACAAUCGAAGGCCAACGUGACGUUGUCAAUUGUUUCUCCACUGCGACUCAUAGUCUCCCAGCUCAUACGAGACUUGAGAUCCAAGACGCAUUCGAAACUUACGCGUCGGUCCUUUUCCUAUUGCACAUGUCGUGGGAAGCAUGA